AUGGAUCCGAAAGCUGUAAGGGAAGAUUUGCGCCUGUUUCAGAGCACCCUGCUCCAGGAUGGCCUGAAAGAGCUACUGAACGAGAACAAGUUUAUUGACUGCAUUCUAAAAGUGGGAGACAGAAGCUUGCCGUGCCAUAGACUUAUUUUGGCAGCCUGUAGUCCUUAUUUCCGAGAGCUUUACUUCUCAGGCGAUGCUAAAGAAAUGGAUAAGGAGGUCGUUCUGGAGAAUUUGGACCCCACAAUCAUGGAGAUGAUUGUGAAUUACAUGUAUUCAGCAGAGAUUGACAUCACAGAUGACAAUGUGCAGGAUAUCUUUGCUGUGGCAAACCGUUUCCAGAUCCCCUCAGUGUUCACAGUGUGUGCGAAUUUCCUACAGAAGAAGCUGUCCCCGGGUAACUGUAUGGCCAUAUUCAGAAUGGCACUGGUGCUCAACUGCCCCAGACUGGCAUUGGCAAGUCGAGACUACAUUGCAGAUCGUUUUGAAACCCUGGCCAAGGAGGAAGACUUCUUAGAGCUUGCCUCUCAUGAGGUUUUUGCCAUCAUAGGAGCAGACUCUCUCAAUGUAGAAAAAGAGGAGGUGGUGUUUGAAUCCCUGAUGAAAUGGAUUCGAAAAGACAAGGAGAACCGUGUCAAGACUCUAGAAGAGGCCUUUGACUGCAUCCGUUUCCGUUUACUCCCAGAGAAGUACUUCAAUGAGAAAGUGGAAAAGGAUGACAUCGUCAUGGCUGACCCUGAGCUCCUCAAAAAAAACAAAGUGAUCAAAGAUGCCUUUGCUGGGAAACUCCCUGAGAAUAAGACAGGAGAGUCAGGGAAGGAUGCAGUCAAUAGUAAAGAAGGAGAGGAUAACAGGUUACCUGGUUACCUGAAUGAUAUCAAGAGAAUUGGUAUGUAUGCCAAAGAUCUCGUCUUGAUGAUCAACGACACUGCUGCAGUGGCCUAUGAUGGCGUUGAGAAUGAAUGCUUCCUUGCUGCAAUGACUGAGCAGAUUCCACGCAACCAUGUCAGCCUGACAUCAAAGAAAAACGAUCUCUUCAUCCUGGGAGGCUUGUUUGUCGAUGAAGAGGAUAAAGACGCUCCAUUACAAUGCUACUUCUAUCAGCUGGACAUCCUUGCUGCUGAUUGGAUAGCUCUGCCCCCUAUGCCCUCUCCCAGAUGUCUGUUCAGUAUGGGAGAAUUUGACAAUCUCAUCUUUGCUGUAGCUGGUAAAGAUCUACAGUCCAACGAAUCUCUUGACUCUGUAAUGUGCUAUGAUGUUGAGAAGCUGAAAUGGGCUGAGACCAAAAAGCUACCUCUGAAAAUCCAUGGUCAUAGUGUUGUUUCCCAGAAUGGGUUGGUGUACUGUAUCGGAGGGAAGACGGAUGACAACAAAGCCAUCAAUAAGAUGUUUGCGUACAACCACAAGAAAUCAGAGUGGAAGGAGGUGGCUGCAAUGAAAAUGGCAAGAUCCAUGUUUGGGGCAGUCGUUCACAAUGGGAAGAUUGUGGUGACUGGAGGGGUCAAUGAAGAAGGUCUCACUUCUGCAUCUGAAGCAUAUGACUUUGGAACCAACAAGUGGGCGCCAUUCACAGAUUUCCCCCAGGAGAGGAGCUCAGUAAACCUAGUCAGUAGUGGAGGAUUGCUGUAUGCAGUUGGAGGCUUUACCAUUGUGGCGACGGAGGACGACAAAGUUGCCCCAACGGAAAUCAUUGACAUCUGGCAGUAUGAAGAGGAUAAGAAAGAGUGGACCGGGAUGCUCAAAGCGAUGCGUUAUGCCGCAGGGGCCUCCUGUGUGUCUAUGCGUCUCAAUGCAGCCAAAAUGCCCAAAUUGUGAACAACAACACAAGUACUGUACCAUCUAAAUGUAACAUGGAGGACUGCAAAAACAAUGUAUUUAGAUUGACUUUCAUCCGGAUCCUUCAUGAU